CGCUCCGUGCAAGUCAGCAGUGGCGACUUCUAGUAGCUCAGAAAUGCGAUAAACCAGGAAAACUUAGCUGUGAUCUAUUGGGAAAUUUUAUUAAAAGUGAAGUUAAUUUAAAUAAAUGGCUUUUUUUCGAAACAACUUAUAUGUAGUUAUAAGCAGCUGUUUUUCGAAAAUUAUUUUUGACAAGAAACAAGUAAGUGUACUAUAAUUAAUAUAUAUGGUUUGACGUUUGUACGAUGCAUUUGAGGUUAUUCACGUGUAUAAUCGAUGAAUAUGAAUAUGUAAUUUUUAUAUUGAAACAAAAUGAAUUACAGGAAUAGCCGUAGGAAAAUUUAUAAUAAAAAUUCAGAAUAAUUAAUCUAUUGAAUAUAAAAUAUGAUAUCUUAUACAGUAUAAUCACAGUGGUUAUAAGAAAAUAAAAUAUUUGUAAAUAUGUGUAUUGCUUCUUUUAUCAGUUAAAAAAAGGUAUUUACUUGACAAAAAAUGGAUAUAAUCGUAAAAACUGGAUUUAAAAAAAUAAAACAUGAUAUCAUAUUCCAACCUGAGACGGUACCAAAGGGCAAAGAGCUAGUCAAAGCAAAUCAUAUUUACAAUGUUGAAGAGUUUCGCAGAAAUGGACAGAGCUAUCUCAUACAAGCUCAAAUAUUGAGGCAAGCUUCUGUAACGGCUGAGCCAUACAGGACAAAGCUAAACAUUGGUGUUAGUCGCAAAAUUACUAACGUUACAUGUAAUUGUGUUUACAAUAAAAGUGGAAAAUGUAAACACGUUGCGGCUCUGAUCCAUUACGUGAACAAUGAGGCGAGUUUGUCGAAAACGGAUUAUGAGCAGCAGUGGGGGAAGCCGACAGCUCGGCAGUUUUCCAAGAAAAAGUACUGCAAAGGAAAAUAUUUUUUUGAAAUGUUCACAUCACAAGAAAAUGUGGAAUGUCAACCACGUGACGUACACAUUUCAGAAUUGAAUGAACCCUCUGCUUUGCGAACAGUGAUCUUAGAAUCUAACUCGGAUAAGAACGACCAGGCAAUCAAAAAUUUGAUGGAAUCGAUGUUAAUGAAAGUUGACGUGUUUCUACAGAAAGACGAAUGUCAAUCGUGUGUGAAUUCUUUCUUUGUUUCUCGUGAUAGCAUGCCGGUGUACACAAAUUCUCAAAUAGCAAAAGAAGAAUUGAAAGAAUUUGAUACAAGAGUUAUUGUUAUGUCGAAAGAAAAAAUUUUACAAUUAUGCUGUGAUACGGUAGAGCAAUCAAAAUGCAAAAAGUGGUUCGAAGCUAGAAGUUUAAGAGUAUCUUCGAGUAAGAAUACUCACAGUAUUAAAAGCAGGAUUAAGAAACCUGUAGAGUCACUAGUCUCGGAAAUGCUUUAUCCGAACAAUUUUGAUACAGCUUCUACUCGAUAUGGAAGGGAUCACGAGUCAGAAGCUGUGAAAGAGUAUCAAAAGAUAUAUCGUACAGAGGUUGAAAAAGUUGGGCUUUUUGUAAGUGAGAAACAGCCAUGGCUGUGCGCUAGUCUCGAUGGUGUAGUCCUUUGUAACAAUUCGGUUUUUAAAAUCGUAGAGUUCAAAUGUCCCAGCAGUUGUGCAAAACAACCAAUUAUUGAGUUUGAUUCGAAAAAGUGCAAUGUCAAUUACUUGAAAUUUCGAGGUAAUGAAGUAUAUCUUAAAGAGAGUGCGCUGUAUUACACGCAAUGCCAAAUUCAGAUGUACGUAUCCGGUUCAAGUGUUUGUGAUUUAUUCAUAUAUUCACCAGUUAAAAAUGGCAGUUUCUGCUUUCCAGUCCAUCGCAAUGAACAAUUUUUGAAAGCAGUCAUUAUAAAAUGUGCGAAUUUUUAUUUUCAAAAUUAUUUACCGGCAUUACACACGAAAAUAACGAAACAAAAAGCCCAUCAAAACAUAUCGAAUAUUAAGAAAGAUAUCGAAUAUUAA